AAAUUGUGAGCUCAGGCUGCGGAGGGGAAAAGGAGUGGGGGGAAGCCCAAGGAGGAGUCCCCGCCUGCAGCGGCCCCAUCAGCAACGGCAGAAGCAGGAGGAAGGAGAGCUAGAAGGAUGCGGAACCCGGGUGGAAGCUGACCCUGGGGGGGGAGCCCGGCCAUGGCCUUCCUGGGGGGAGCCCGGCUCCUGGACUGGGCCAGCUCCCCCCCUCAUUUGCAAUUCAACCGCUUCGUGCUAACGGGCUACCGGCCGGUCAGCUCCGGGUCCGGCUGUCUCCGCAGCCUCUUCUACUUGCACAACGAGCUGGGCAACAUCUAUACCCACGGUAUCCCUCUGCUGGGGUUUCUCUUCGUGCUGCCGUUGACCAUUCCAUGGGCUCGACUUUCAGAAUCAUGGCUGGGAAUAGUGCACUAUUUGGCUUGCAUUUUUCCACAGCUGGGCAGUGUGCUUUACCACCUCUUCAUGAAUCAUGAGGGAGGCCCUGCUGUUUACCAUACCUUGCUCACCCUUGAUAUGUGUGGGGUAUGCAUGGUCAACACAUUGGGAGCUCUGCCAAUCAUCUACUGCACGCUGGCCUGCUCCUCACUUCCUCGUACUAUUGCCCUGCUGGCCUACACAGGCUUGUCAAGCUAUGGUAUCUUUUGUGCAGUGACUGCUCGCUCCAGUGUCCGGCGCUUACGAGCCUUUGCCUGGCAGGCUGUGUUCCGCUUCUUUUUCUUCUACUUGCGGUGGGUGGGACUAGGCACUGGCAAUCCCACCUCUCUGCGUUCAUACCUCAUUAUGGAUGGUCUGGCCUUUCUUGGGGGCGUCAUCAACAUCUCGCGGGUGCCUGAGCGCUGGAAGCCAGGCUGUUUUGACUAUUGGUUCAACAGCCAUCAGAUUAUGCACGUGUUGGUAGUGGUCAGUAUACUCUAUCUCCACUGGGGAGUAGUGGCUGAUCUUCAUUGGAUCGCCAACUAUGCCUGUCCAAUGGAUUGACUGCAUCAUUUUUGGACUCAUCCCUUCCACAGAAAAUCUGCUGACUGAGAAGUGAGCAACUUCUAAGGUGUGAGCCAUUGUUCUCAUUGUUCAAGAUCUUCUACAAGGGCUGAAGUGCAUAAGAAAGGACAUCUUCUGGAUAUCAUUUAUUUAAAACAGGUUGCACUUUUUUCUGUGGGGGUUAUACAGUAGUUUCCUAUUGGUUGAUUAUUCAUGGAUCAACUUGUAUAGGAUUUAUAUACUUGAGUCUAAAGUAAUGGAUUUCCACUGCUUGACGUUCUUAGAACAGUCUGUGCUGUUCAAAUAUUCUUCCAAAUUACAACAGGCAAACAUAAUUUGGUUUAAAAAAAUUGAUCUCUAAUGACAUGUGGGAAAUAAUGAACUGUACCAGUGAAGAUUCCCAUCCCACCCCCACAACUCUUAUUCUUGUUCGCUGUAGGACUUUUUGUCAUCAGAGCUAGUCUUCAAGUAGCUUUGGUGAUGGUUGGAAGAACUCUAUUACUUGGAUCUCUGUUUUAUCUACAUUGAAGAUGAAAUGGGCACUGGGAAAAGAGAGAUGUUCUUAGUAGAUGUUGGAGCUGAGUGCAGCUUCUCUGCUUUUUGGAGACAGUUACUUAAAUACUUUUUAUCCAGGUAUCUUUUAGACACCAUGCAAUACUUUCUUAUUUUUAAAAGGGCUUGUCAGAUACCAGAAUAUUAAAAUCUUCUGCAUAGUUGUUUUUCUUUACCUGCCAGAAAGAUAAUUAGGAGCCUUGAAACUGGAUUUGGGUUGAAGUUCAGGAGUCCAGAUUUCAAUUUCUGGGUACUGUCAUCAACUUUAGGGCCAUGACUCCUUUGCAGCAUACCUCAGUUUCCUAUUUCUCUCUUGGCAGAGUAUACACAAGUUUAUGGUCAGAUUGGAGUUCUUUUUCUGCUACCACAUCCCAAUUUUACACUGACCAGAGCAGUGCUUUUCAAAGCUUUAUAGUUUUGUAUGAAUUUGGAAGAACUCUUUCUACUCUAUUGAUAUGGCUGCUGCAAUUGCAGCAAUCAAUAAUAGGCAAGUGAGAUGCUGCUAUCUUCUCCCCUUUAUUACUGUCCUGACUGGUCCGUUUACUGCAGUUUCUGAAUUUCAUUUCACUUCUUUCACUGGCUUCUUGAAUUGGUCCAUUCUGAAGAUUUCACUUUUUAAUUUGACAUGUUCUGGUACAAAUGGAAUCUUGAGAUUGAUUCUUCCUCUGAAGAAUUCAGUUUUUAACUGCUGGUUCAUGGUCAGAAUUUUUGGGGGGAGAGGGUACAUUUUGAGAACCUAAUCUGAAGUGGCAGGUUGAGGUUCAAAGCAGCGUUCUAGCAAAUAUCUUUAAAUCCCUUCAAAGUCUUCUCUUGGCUCAAAAUUAGGAACUGGGAGAGGUAGCAUUUCAUUUAGGUACCUAAAUUUGGCUCAUAGUCCUUAGCUGCUGAACCACGUUAGGUACUGGUGCAUGUAAGACCAUUGUCUAAAUAGGGGUGAAGUAUGUGUGAUCUUAUAGGCCCUGGUGCUCUUCCACAUCUGAACACUUAAGAAUUGUGCAUAAUGUUAUUUUCAAUGUAAAAUGGAUCUUCAAGUGGAAUUUUAGUGUUUUAUGGCUGAUCUUAAAAAUCACAUUUUUGGUUUAGCCUCAAAAAUACAUCUAAAUCAAGCAACCCAAUCAAUAUUUGAUAGCCCUUUAUAUUUUGCAUUUAUGUAGAUCACAAUAAUUUGGCUUUUAAAAAGCUACGUGUAGGUGUUCCUCUCCUUGAAAUGGGGGAUUCUCUAUUUUCUAUGCAGCACUGAGUUACUCCAUAUUGUAUUAGUGAAUGAGCCACAAUACAUUUAAGAAAAUGGUUAAAACAUACUAUGUGACCUUUACUGAAAACUAGUUUUCAAUGUAUAGUAAGCCAAACCUAUUUGGAUUUUAGUCUAAUUUAGGGACAAAUAAGGAAAAAAAUCUACAGGUAUCUUUCUAAGAAUGUAAGUGGCAGUGAAAACUCCUUCCUUCAAGGAAAGAAACAGAGGUCAGAGGA